AUGGCUGCUGCCUUUGUUUCCUGGCCGUCAGCGCCGUUGACCGAGUCGCUUGUCAAGAGAGCUUUGUCAAAUCUGCCUGUCUCAAUCGUCACCUCCCUUCCUGGCACUCAUGAAUGCUUGAGGCUUCUUCAGUGGUCCACCUAUGAUGCCAUUGAUCAUGACUUGACACACCGCAAUCCUGACCACGUCUUGUCCUCCUCUUAUACCAUCAGAAAAGCUCUCAUUCGCAAACAUUACUUAGCACGAUGCAUUCAUUCUUAUUUGACCAAACAUCUCGACUCCGUCCUCAAGGACGCGGUGCCAAGGACAUGGGAUCUCGAGAUCUCGUACGCGGAUGAGCUGGAUGAGAUGUGGAGCGAUCAACUUUGGGACCUUGGCAAUGAAAUCGAUAGCUCCUCUCAAUGGUGGAUUUUGAAGCCAGGCAUGGCGGAUCGGGGAAUGGGCAUCAGAUUGUUCAACAGCAAGGACUCGCUAUAUCAGAUCUUCGAAGAAUUUGAAGAGUAUUCCGAGGAUGAAGAUCAGACCAAUGAUACCUCUGUAAUAAUAUCACAACUUCGCCAUUUUGUUAUCCAGGAAUAUAUACCUUGUCCAUUACUCCUGGACCCAACCGAGAAGUCUCCUUCUGGCUCUGUGUUAAAGUUACCCGAAAACUUGCAGGGGCAUAAAUUCCAUCUACGAGCGUACUUUGUUGCAUCAGGAGCAUUGAAACUCUUCAUGUACGACCGUGUACUUGCUUUGUUUCGCUGCCGUUCCGAUGAUGACGAUGUCAUUCCCGGGAACGUCGACUUGACACCUCAUCUUACCAAUACCUCGCUGCAAAUUGAUCGAGGCGAGGAAGGCGUACAUCUACUUGAUGAACUCUCAGGAUGUUAUAUCCUCUCUGGAGAUGAUACGGAUCGUAGAGCCUUACGCUUAUUUACUCCCGAAGAUAUCGAGAACAUCAAGGUCCAAAUGGGCGCCGUUCUCGCGGAAACGUUCAAGGCCGCUGUAGAAAUGCCUAUACACUUCCAGCCGCUUCCAAAUGCAUUCGAGCUGUAUGGGGUCGACUUCGUGGUUUCUCAUGACCCAACGCCGUUGCGCCCGGGACUUGAUUCAUUAGGCAACUCGCGAAUGUUUCAAGUUAAACUUCUGGAAAUUAAUUCAGAGCCCGCCAUCGAACUAACAGGUCGAAGGCUCCAUGGCAUUCUCGAAGAUUUAUUUGUUGCAAUCGAGCAGGUUGCAGUGCUACCCUUCUUUACACAGGAAGUUGGACGCGAACCAAGCACAGAAGUGCUUGUGGUACCGAGGCACUUGCGAAAGUGCCUUGAUAUAAAGGUCCGAGGAUCUGGAGGAUGGUGAAGGAGUUAGAAAAUAGUCACACAUAUAUUCCCAUCUUAAAGC